UUUAGCAAGGAACUCAAAUAAAUGUUAAUUAGGAGAAUAGAGACUCUUUACAAGCAUCUAAAUGUCAAACCAAUCAAAGGAUUAUGGGUACACUAAUAUAAACAAGAACCAGGAAAGAAGCCUUCUGGUUGGACCAACACCCACUGGGGAGGGUAUAUAAGAGCCUCAAAGCAAGAGGAGACAUUCACACCUUAGAAGCCUCAUCUGUUGUUACAACCAAAGCAAUUAAAAACACAGAUUCCCAACGUCAUGGCUUGCUGUGUGCCCUGCUGCUGCAGCGUCCCCACCGGCCCCGCCACCACCAUCUGUUCCUCUGACAAAUGCUGCCGGUGCGGAGUCUGCCUGCCCAGCACCUGCCCACACACGACUUGGUUACUGGAGCCAACCUGCUGUGACAACUGCCCCCCACCCUGCCACAUUCCUCAGCCCUGUGUGCCCACCUGCUUCCUGCUCAACUCCAGCCACCCCACCCCAGGCCUGGAGACCAUCAACCUCACAACCUUCACUCAGCCCUCCUGUGAGCCCUGCAUCCCAAGCUCCUGCUGAAUGAUGGCUGCUUUGCUCCGUGCCUGACAAUGAAGGACCCGGAAGGUUUAGCGUUCACCUGUUUCAGUACCUGCAACUAAUUGCCUCUGCUUUCCAAGUUGAAACAAGGAUGACGUUAUCCCUGACAACUCUGGCUCAAAAAGAAACCAAGAGACUUUCAAUGGCCACGUGGUAGAUAGUAGUGAUCAAGGGCAAUUUGAAGAGGAGGAUGCUAUUGCCUUCCAAAGUUUUUCAUUUCCACCCUAUUAAAGUUUAUCUUUCUUUGGGUACUUUGGGAAUUCUGUUUCCAGUGCUGGGUGGUAACUUUCUGGAAACUGAGGAGCUUCUUCAUGAUCAUACUAAUAAAUUUUCCAUCUCUGGCAUAGCACAAA